UUUCUCUUUCAUCACUUCUCCUUAACUAUUAUUGCAAAAGAUUUAUUUUUGAGAGAGAGAGGGAGAUCACAAAUUAUUUAUAAUAGAGAGAGACAAAUGGGAAGAGCUCCUUGUUGUGAUAAGGCAAAUGUGAAGAGGGGACCUUGGUCUGCAGAGGAAGACACCAAGCUCAAGCAGUUCAUUGAGAGGUAUGGCAUUGGUGGCAAUUGGAUUACUCUCCCUCAUAAAGCUGGGCUGAAGAGAUGUGGGAAGAGCUGCAGGCUUAGAUGGCUAAACUACUUGAGGCCUGACAUCAAGCAUGGAGAAUUUUCUGAUGACGAGGACAGGAUUAUCUGCAGCCUCUAUGCUACUAUUGGAAGCAGGUGGUCCAUUAUAGCUGCUCAACUCCCAGGCAGAACAGACAACGACAUCAAGAACUACUGGAACACAAAGCUGAAGAAGAAGCUACUAGGGAUUAAUUCUCAAAGAAAAUCAACAGCAACAGCAAAUCAUCAUCAGCAACAGCAUCAGAGUCAAUACCAACAGCCUCAGCUCUUGUCAGGCCUUGACAGUAGCUGUUUGCCUACAGUAGCAACACCCUCUCAAGAUCUCUUCAUCUCUAGUUUCCUCAACAAUCAGUAUGAUCAGAUGAGCUUUGGGCGUGUUGAGCGGAGCUGCAGCUCUUCUGACCUUAUCUUCGAAAGCUAUCUGUAUGGUGAACUUGGGCAAGCUCCUCCGUUAGAGCAUAGCUAUGAAGAAAUCAAGAACUUGAUUAAUACUAGUACUAAUAAUGUUGCUGGUGCUGAUGCGUACUGUACCAGUCAUGAUGAUCACUGUAGAACUUAAUGGAGAAAAAAAAAGGUUUGAUUGCGGAUAUAUCGGCGUCCAUAUUAUAAGAGUUAAAGGUUCUCUGAUGUCUAAACGGAUCGUUUUCUCUUCGUUGUGUGUA